AUGGCAACGGGGCACAGUCCAUGGACUGGGAGCUCACUGCCUGCUGUAGGCAUGGUUUCAGCAGUCGUAGCUUUAGCCGUUAAUCAAAUAAUAGGCAAAAUGGCCAUGUCCAAAGGCACCAGCUUUUACAUUCUGUCUGUCUAUUCUAAUGGUUUCGCCACUCUUUUUCUUCUUCCUACGGCUUUUCUCUUCCACAGGUCAAAGCGGCCAAAAAUGUCGUUUCCUGUUAUGUGGAGAAUUUUCUUGCUUGCUUCUUUUGGAUGUUUCGCGGAGAUUGGUAGUUAUGCCGGCAUAAAUUACAGCUCGCCAACUCUCAGUACAGCCAUGUUAAUUCUUGUUCCGGCAUUUACAUACCUUCUUGCCAUUUUUUUCAGGAUGGAAGAUGUAAAUUUUAAAAGAUUUAGCACCAUAGCGAAGUCUUUGGGUACUCUGGUAUCCAUUACAGGAGCAUUUAUUGUGACAUUUUAUAAGGGGCCCGCUAUCCUUAAUUCACCAUUGACAUCCGGAUCGUUUACGAAACUCUACUUGCCCUCGUCACAAAAUUGGGUUCUUGGAGGAUUUUUGCUUGCGUGUGCCUCUUUUAUGACCGCAUCGUGGUGCAUACUACAGGCCUCAAUAUUGAAGAUGUAUCCUGCAGAAAUGAUUAUAGUUGCUUUCUACUGCCUUUUCGUAACAAUGCAAUCUUCAUUGGUGACUCUGAUUGCAGAAAGAGACUUGGCUGCUUUGAGAAUUGAAACAAAGAUUGGAUUAAUCGCCAUUUUCUACGCGGCUAUCUUCAACAUAGCAUACAGGCUUUAUGUUACUGCCUGGUGCAUUUGGAAGGCUGGUCCAUUUUUUGUUUCCUUGUUUAAGCCAUUGACGGUCGUCAUUGCUAUUCUUAUUGGUGUGAUCUUCAUGAAAGAUGUUCUUUAUCUUGGGAGUUUGAUUGGUGCAUUGGUGUUGAUUCUUGGUUUCUAUGUGGUGAUGUGGGGAAAAGCGAAAGAAAGAGAUAUGAAUCUGGGAGUUGAAUCGCUUAGCUAUCGGGCUCCCCUGUUGCAAGAUUAUAAUAUCCGAGAAGCAUAG